GUAUCCCUACUCUUAUCGUCUUGGACACUAAGGGAGACGUGAUCACCCGGCAAGGCCGAGUCGAGGUCCUGAACGACAUUGAAUGCCAGGAGUUCCCCUGGCACCCCAAGCCUGUCUUAGAGCUUACUGACUCCAACGCAGUCCAGCUGAACGAGGGUCCUUGCCUUGUCCUUUUUGUAGAUUCCGACGACGACGGAGAAUCCGAAGCGGCGAAGCAGCUGAUCCAGCCGAUUGCCGAAAAGAUCAUCGCGCAAUACAAAGCCAAAGAUGAAGAGACUCCCCUGCUGUUUUUUGUGGCCGGAGAGGAUGACAUGACUGACUCUCUCCGGGAUUACACCAACCUGCCCGAAGCCGCCCCUCUUCUGACCAUCUUGGACAUGUCCGCCCGUGCUAAAUACGUCAUGGAUGUCGAAGAGAUCACGCCACCGAUUGUGGAAACUUUCGUGAAUGACUUUCUGGCUGACAAAUUGAAACCUGAGCCUAUUUAA